UGAGCGGAGCGGCGGACUCAGAGCGCACCCAGCCGGCGCAGCGCAGCUCUGGGACCCGGGUCCGCACCGAAGCCCCGCCAGCCCGCUGCGCUCCUGCCUGCGCAUCUGCCCUCGCUGCCGCCGGUGUGUGCCCUUCCACUCCACCGGCACCAUGCACCUCUCCCACCUGCUGGUCUGCGCCCUGCUGCUCACUAUACUGUCGCUCCUGCCCUCCGAAGCCAAGCCCGGGUCGCAGAAGGUCCCGCGAGCUCCGCUGGGGGAGGUGCCGGCCGUGUCCCAUGCUGAGAGCGGCGCUCAGAAGCGCGACAAGGCUCCCGGAGGCGGCGGCGCCAUCCUCAAGGGCGACCAGUCUCGACUGCUCCGGGACCUGCGCGUGGACACCAAGUCUCGGUGGGCCCGCCUUCUGCAGGAGAACCCCAAGGCACGCAGGAAACCAGGCACCAGGAAGGGCUCGUCCAAGGGCUGCUUCGGCCUCAAGCUGGACCGGAUCGGCGCCAGGAGCGGCCUGGGAUGUUAGUGCGGCGACCCCUGGCGGCGGGCUGAGAACCCGCUCCGCUGCGCUGAGGUCGUCCUCGGUCCUCUGGAAGCAUCUCCGAGGCAACGUGGCUUUUACAUUUCUUUCCUUGUGUCCCCCUCGUGGUACUGGGCAAAUGCAACACCAGCUGUUUUAUUGCUCUCUGGGGGGGGAGGCUUGAUCUUGUUGUUGAUUGGUUUGUUUGUUCUUGAAAAUCAAAAAUAAAAAGUUAUAUAUUAUAUAUAUAUUAUAUACACGAAACCCCCCCCCACGCCGACGUGACGACGAGGGACAGUUUGUUUGGAGAGGCCGACGGAGCCAGCGAGGAACCUGCUGUCUGCACGCUCGUGUCAUGCAUAGAUGUAUUUAUGUUGUAAAGCUAUUUAUAUUGUUUAUAAAGAGAUAUUUAU